UCUGUUUGUGCGUGACGUCACAACAUGGCUGCCAUGAAGGCCCACUUGCUCGAAUUUGCCUUGUAGUUUUUGCGGAAUAUCUCUGCUGAUUGUUAAUACCAUUCCUCCAAAUUUGGGGAACAGAAACCUGAGGCACCACAGGCUCUAUCGGAGUGGAAAUGGGGAAAGGCAGUGCAACAUCCACCUCCCAGGACAACAACAAGGGUAAUGGUAGUGGCGACAGACUGAAUCUAGUGCUGGAGUGUGAGACUGAGGACCUCUCAGAUGCACAACUCACAAGGAUACAGUCACUCAAGGAUGAAGCGCUGAGGCUACAGAAGCUUAUCCAAAACAGUACUAAGCAGAAAGCAAAUGAGAUAACAACAACUCCAACCCUUGUCAAUGGCACUGGUAUCCCAUCAGUCACUACUGCCCUCACCAAUGGGCCGAGUGUGGUGGGGCUUCAGGUGCCACAGUUCCUCAUACUCCAGAAUGGACAGAUGCUUGCUACCAGCUCUGCCCUCCAGCCAACCUCCAUCAACUCAACCAAUCCAGCCAGCACAUUCCCCAUUAGCAGCGUGCCUGGCAGCAUCAACCCCACUCUCACCUUCAAGACCACAACCAGCCGGGGACAUAACAACCAACUUACUACUGCUGUCACCCGGCCUCAGAUUCGUGUUGUUCCCCUGGAGUCAGUCAGCACUGGGAAGAAAAGCAACGACUCCUCCCCGGCAGUAUCGACAGCGUCUGCAGCAGUUGUAUCAGCAGCACCAGCUACCAGCAUCAGCAAUAGCAGUGAUGACAUACAGGUUCUUAGUGAACUUAGAGUUUCAGCCCAAGGAACAUCCGCAGCAUCCCGCAGCUUGAGGGACGUGAGGAUUCCUCUUGCGUCAGGCUCUACCAGUGCCACAUCCAGUGCAACUAACCUUAACACAGUCAAGACAGCAUCCACCAGCUCUGCCAGUGGUAGCAAUGACAUUAUUGCUAUGAGUAGUGGCAACAGUGUCACCAGUACCAGGACCAGCACCAACACUGCUGCUUCCACAAAUGUCACUUCACUUUCCUCCACAACCUCAUCUGCAUCUUCUAAUAUAAGCCUCAAAUACCCUAUGCUCAAUGUUAUUGCCCGCCCAAGGAACACUCUUCCACCCGCUGUUGCCAUGUGCCAGCGUAAGGAGCUAGACACCAGGGUGAAGCUGGUGCUGGUCAAGUCUCCACAGGAGUUUGUAGAGUGGCUGUUGAGCAAGGGGCUAAUCCGCACCUCACAGAGCUGCACCGUACAUAAGGUGCAGCACACACAACAGCCAUACAGGCUCAAAUUGGGGAUGUUUUCGGACCCCAAGGCCUUGGCAACAAGUGGAGGCUACGUAUGGAUCAGUGAGUGUUGUGGGAAAAAAUAUGUUUCUGUCUACAGUGGCUCCAUCUUUGGCUCUACACCAAUUGAUAAGGUGGCACCAACAUCAGUCUUGAAGCUUGUUUACCACUGGUCCUGCCAGACCUCAAUCAGCAAUGUGGAAAACUGGGUUAAGGUUGAAAAGACAUUCAUCAACAAGAUAUUCCAGUACCUGAGGUGUGUGUGUUCAGUCAUGCUGCAGGACAAGGUCUAUGACUUUGGCUUUGAUGCCACGACGGUGGAACUUGGCAUUGUCAGUCUCGGCACUAGCACUGCAGACGGCACCAAGAAGGCUGUGAAGGUGGAGAUCCUUGGGUUGUAUGACCGGAAAAUGAAGUCGUACCGCCUGUUUGCCUCUGAGCCUGAGCCAGGCAGUUCCUCACGCCAGAGAUUCAUACGCAUCCUGAAACCUUUGGAGAAUGUGGUUCACACCAACGCUCUCAUCCUCUGUGACCAGUCUGUUGAUCGCAACUGUUUGUACAACAUGAGUUACACAAGAGUUAAUGUGUGUGAGACCAGUGAAAUUGAAGACAGCCCUCAGUUCAAUGCCAAAAUCAUGGCAUAUCUUCGAAGGCACGUCCCUAAAAUGUUUCAGAGUGCCUUGUCCCAGCUUAACUUGCAGCAGGUUCAGCUGGUACUGGAUGAGCUAUGCUGGCGGGAACGAUAUGGCCACUGUGCUGCCCAGGCUUACAAUAACAUGAUUGAGCACAUAACCUACCUCACUGCCAGGGAAGCUGAGAAUCCUGGAGUACUUCACCUGCUGGACUAUGUGGCAAACAACCCCCUACGCAACUGGCGCUACAAGACCCAACAUACCCCCAAGGGUCCCACCACCCUUCAGCCCUCCAUCAUCAUGAACCCAGCCUCCACCAAUACCUCUCUCCCCACCCAGCUCAUCAUGGAUCCAAGCACUGUAGCUCAGACACCCCUGGAACACAAUAACAAAGUUUUGCUCACAACCAGGAAAGUCCCAGUGCCACCAGUUGUAUCCCCAACCAACACAGUGUCGAUCCCUUCCUUGAACACCAAGCAGGAGUCCACCGAACUAGAGCCCUUCUAUUAUGGCCAGAUCCAGGGUGAUACCACUCUCGGACAUGAGCUCAACAGCACAAAGUUCAUCUGCCAUAUCUGCCAGGAAGAAUGUGAGAACAACAUAGCUUUCUAUACCCACCUCAAAAUACACCUGAACCGUAGUGCUUCAUAUUCCGAGAACAAGCUGUGCUGUGACUAUUGCCUUGACAUUUUCUCAAGUCAGGAGAAGAAGAUCUUCCACCAGCGAGUCAAACACAUGCACCUGGAUGGAAGGUUAUUGUGGUGCCGCAUCUGCACUGAAGGCUUCAGCAGUGAGUACAACCUUGUCAACCACAUGGCCAAGAAGCACUAUGAGAGUGAGUUGCCGUAUAGAUGUGAGGUUUGCAAUUUUGUUACUUCCAUCUUCUACAGCCUCAUCGAUCACUUCAACAAUGAGCACAAAAACACAUCUUAUGUCCAGUGCCACUUUUGCCUUUCUGUCAGUUCCAUAACUCCAACCUCUGCCUCCACCUUCCCACAGCGGAUGUACCAGCACAUGCAGAAACACCUACACCAACAAACACGUUGUAAGCAGUGUCAGCUAGUCUUCUUCACCAAGCACUUCAUGGAUGAACACAAGAGGAAGGACCAUAUUAGUCGUUUCAACUUCCCAGGCUUGCAACGAUUCAAGAUCCCGGCUGGUCAGAAGACCCGCCUCAUGUUCCGGCCUUGGAUCAAGCGCCAGUCUCCCGCAGGAAGUCCCAAAAGCAGCUCCCAAUCCCUUGCCCCACCGGUGGCCCUCUCCUCCACCCUGCAGUGGCAUGACUUGAAGAUGGAGAUCCCUGACCCAGAGGAUCACAGAUGUCUAGAAUGUUUCUCCAAAUUAUCCCUAAGUGACCACUUUAAAUCGUACAUGAAGUGCACACGCUGCAGCUACUCCACAUGCUGCCGCUACAUGAUCACCCGGCAUGCAGAGGGAUUCCACCCUCAGGGACGCACCAAGAAGAAGAAGUACAAGAUAGGGCAUCCCAUCAUCCUCCCAAAGCCCCUCUUCUGCAUCUGUGGCUUCAGCUCGCGCAGUGGCAACCAUCUAGCACGACACCUGAUGACAUGUGAAGGCGGAAGGAAGUCAGCCUACCCAUCAGUGUCUGAUGCAAUGGUGUAUCAGGGCGAUUUGACCAACAGCAUGCUGAGUCUGGCGUCACUCAGCUUUGACACCAUUGGCACCCUGGCGUCUGUCAUACCUGAUACUCCCUUGGUACUCCCUGAUACUUCCCUCCAGCCACCCACUCUUGACAUGACGCACUUUAUGAGUGUGUCCAUGGAUGUAGAUGAAACAUAAACUCACUUAUGCACCCCCCCCUCUUCUCUCUUUCUCUCUCUCUCUCUCUCAAAUUUUAUCAUGUCCUUUCCCUAUAGCAUCUGUUUGUAUGCUAUUCUGUGAAGAAAAUGAUGUUCAGUCUGGCUCUGGUAUGUGAAAGGUUUAUUGGUCAGAGAUGGAUGUUUUUGUGAGCCAAGCUCCUAAUUGGCUUAAUUUUGUAAGCCGCCCAAAAGGUGUGUGUGUUUGUUUGUAUGCCCACUUUUAGUGCUUAAGUUGGUCAUUGUAGCACUGGUGUGUAGGUUCUUUUGUAUUUGUUUGUGUGAUUGUGUGCAGUUGAUCAAUUACUGGUGUAAUAGCAAGUAGCAGCUGGUCUUCUUAUGAUUUACAUUCAUCGUAAAUAAUCCAUUUUCAUCCCGCAGAACUGAAGAUGAAGGUGUGUUGUAGCCUUAGGGUAAAGUAGCUGAUAUAUUUUAUAGACCUGAAUUAAACUCUUAUACAUACUAAUGAAUACAUUGUCAUAUUUUUUUAUCUGACAACAUUUUUCAAACAUAACCAAGUCAUUAUAAGCUUAUUGUUGUCUAACUUCAGUGUUACGAUUUUAAAAUAUGCCAGUAACCAGUCAGUCUGGUGUGAUGCCUACUCAGUGCUCACACUGGUCAAGUCCAUUAACAGUAACAGGUCUUCCUCGUUAUAAGACUGGAUUGUUCCUUAAAAAAUUAUCAAACACCAAUAGUAUUAUAACAUAAAUUUAAUGGGGAUGCAUUCCUAGCCAAUCUAAAAUGAAAGUGUGUCAACACAAGAUAAAUAUUCAGAUGAAAAGGUUAAAGAACAUAAAAACAUAAUGAAAUAAAGGCUGCCACCUGCUGCCAUUCUUCAUGAUGGUGGUUUAGAAUGUCCAGCUUCACUUCCACAACAUUAGGAUUUUUUUAUUUUGCCCUUGGCACUGGUAGACUCACUUCCACUAUACCUAGAUGCCAUUUUUACUGUAACAAUAAGAAGAUAUCAAAUACAACACUUUGUGGCUAGCAAAACACAGGAAAACAUAUGAAUGGGUACAACUGCUGCUAGUGAUUAAGUGAAUUGGAGAUAGGGAACGGUCCCUGGUGUGUGGUGUAUUCACAUGGUCGCACCACCACUGCAAUGAUCAUGUUAUUGUAUCACCACUGUCAGGCAUAGUCAUCAUGUACGACCAAUCCCAGGCAGAUCAUUUAACUGAUCAAAUUUUUGAUAGGGAAAGUUCAAGAUUGUGAAAGUGAUGACUGUAUAUAUGAUGAUAAGGGUGAACAUUAUAAUUGAUGUGCCAUUGACUACAUGACCCAGGUUGGUGGCCUGACAACACCUAUUAUUUAUAGACACAAGUAUCACGUCACAUCCCACUCACUAUGUCACAGUAAUUAGUUUAUGGUAUGGUGGCUAACUACUAUCCAUAAGUUCCUAAAGUUGAUGUGGCAGCUCAAACUCUGGACAGAUUGUUCAGCUAAUUCAUCCCCUCAUCUGCCCUUCCAGGCCUCUAUGCCAUUUUAUUUAUGCUCCAUGCAGUGUUAUGCUACGUUAAUCAUAAAUUUACUACUUUAUUGAGACUGCUUGACAUUUAUCUAGUGGAUAUGGCUCAGCAAAUUGUGAAAUUUUAAUGCCCCCUGAAAGCUGUGACUGAUCUUAUUGUGGUAUGUGUUUGAAAGAUACUUGAAGACAAUAUUCAGAUGGCUGAAGACAGGACCAACAUAAUUUUUAUUUUCUUCAAUGUAUCAGUUUAUCAUAUUUCAUGUGAUCUUCACCAGGCAAUGGAAAAACUACAUUUAUCGUAAUUUUAUUCUGGAAUGUGUAGAAAUGUACAUUUUAUACUAGUGAUUUUAUAUGCAACUUUUUUUUUAUAAACAAAAGAACAGCUUGUAUGCAGCAGGGAUACUUGUGUGAAUAACCGUUUUUUGCUAUUGAUGGUAAAGGAAUAUAAAAGGUCAAUGUGGCCGAAAUACCUGACAACAAUGAGGUUGUGUUAAGUUAAUAUACAACCAUGGGAAGCUCCAGGAAUGAACAGAAUGUCAGAGCAAUAGAUGGGUAAAUAUUAGUAUGUACAAUGUACAUUUUAUUAGUCUUCAGUUAAAAAAAAACUGUACAACUAGCCAGUGUAAGGCUAGCACUACACUUUGAACAGUGUAAAUUGCAAGCAGUUUGUCACUGGAUUCAUAACUGUCUGCUCCAACCCUGUACAUAAGUCACAUCCAGACCAUGAAAAUGUUUAAAUAAACAGGAGGAAAUCAAAUUGCAAAUGUAUUUGGGGUCUAAAGUGGAUCUGCUGUAACCAUUCCACAUAUUGUUACAAAUUUAUGAUGCUCCUGAAUAAACUUUUUUUUUUC